AUGGAUGGUAACUUGUGUCCAUAUGCCAUUCGAGCCUGGGUUCAUCAUGUCGCACAGGUUUCUGAUGAGUCUUCGAAGCAUGCGCUUAUAGCGAAGCUCCUCGGCGAACAGCCCACGCGGAACUUGGCUGCCGCAUAUUGGGCUGUCUCUAACAGAGCGACCAGAAGCCCUUCUCCACCAAAGACGCUGUUCCCUGUGUUUGCCAGCUAUGGGCUGUGGAAUCUUGUUCAGCCCCUGGAUGAAGAUGACGCAAAGCUGGGGUUGCUCGAAGCCGCGAGCAAAGGCCAAGUUGAAGUCUCAAAAGCGAUACUGGAAAGGUUCAUUUUUUCCCAGGAGAUUCUCCUCGAGGUUCUCGUCAGCGCUGGAGAGUCUGGCAACGAAACGCUUCUUCUAGAGCUUGUAGACUACGUCCUAGCAAAAAGUCCCGCGCACGACAGUAUAUCCUGGCCGAACCACGUGCUGCAUAGAGCAGUAUGGCUUGGUCUGGACCGCUUUUUGGAAAAGAUGCUUGGGCUUGGCGUCAACGUGGAAGAUGAAUUCCACUUGCCACAUUCUUCACGGCCUAUGUCUCUGCUGUACCGGUCCGUCGCAUCUUCGCACCCAAGCGCCGCCCAAAUUCUUAUCAAGCAUGGUGCCAAUGUUGAAUACAAGACGAGAUGGGAUUGGAGAGUAAUGCAUGUGGCCGCAGCCGUCGGUAAUGCCGACAUGGUCCAGACGCUUAUAGAAACAGCAAAGCCCAAUCUCGAAGCCGAGGAUGAGGACGGUCGAACUCCACUGUAUCACGCGUGCGUUUGGGGACAUCACAAAGCCGCCGAUGUUUUGCUGCAGAACGGCGCUGACGCAAACAUGGGAAGCCGUGAAGGCGUAUGGUCACCUUUAGCAGCAGCGGCUGACGACGGGUAUGACAAAUGCGUCGAGCUUCUGUUAGCCAAGGGGGCCAACCCAAAUUCCAGAAACACUUAUGGGUCGGUACUUCGGUAUGCCGCAAUAAAGGGUCACACAAACGUUUGUCGCAUCUUACUGGAUGCUGGAGCCAAUCCCAACAACCCGGAAGCCGAGGUACCAAUCCUGAGCGAGGUUAUCCAGGCGUCCACCAAGGAAAGUACCUUUCUGGAUACCUUAAAGGUCCUCGUCGACAGAGGCGCCAAUGUUAACGCCCAGAGCUCUUCAGGAGUGUCUCCCCUGAUGCUGGCCGCUUGUCACGUCAAUGGUCCAGAUAUCAUCCCAGUACUUCUGGAUCGAGAGGCCGAUAUUGAGCUCGCGGAUGAGAGUGGAGAGACGGCACUUCACUAUGCAGUUCGGGAUGGCGCAGAUGUUGGCGCCCUCACACUUCUUCUGGAGCGCAACGCAAACCCCAAUCACCUGAACAAGAGUCAAAAGGCAACGAUACUACAACGUGCUAUUUCGAAUCAUGACUUCGUUCGCGUCCUUCUGAAGCAUGGGGCAGACCAGAAUCUUCCAACUGAAACUGGGUUCACCCCUCUGAUGCAUGCCGCGUUCGGGCAAUAUGACACCAGCUUGGAACUGCUCCUGGAGCAUGGGACAAGUGUAGACAAGGCUCACGAGAAUGUCGAUCAUUGGCGGGGCUAUACGGCGAUUGCCUUUGCUGUUCGAUUUGGGACAGCCAAAGCUGUUAGAGCGUUGGCAGAACACGGGGCUGACCUGAGGUGGAAAGGGUCAACUGAAAACCCUCAGGGUCUUCAGCCCCUAUUCACAACCGCAGUGGCGACAGGCGAUACAGACACCAUCAACGUCCUGCUCGAGUACCCCACCAGGAUCGACAUAGUGGCCACAGACGGCGACGGUUGGUCGGCUCUGCACUACCUGGGUACCGAUAUCACAAUGUACAAACGUAUUGUAAAUGCUGGGGCCGACGUUAACAGCCGGGUCGACAGGAAGGAUACCCCACUCUCUAGAGCAGCUUGGGCUGGGGAGCUCGAAAAGGCGACUUAUCUUCUGCAACACAACGCUGAUGUUGACCUAGGCCAUAGGCGCGUGGGUUCCCCUCUCACCCAGGCGUGUCGUGCGGCAAAUCUCCAGAUGGUGAAGCUACUGGUGGAACACGGGGCCGACAUAAAUCAUAGCUGUGAAGGCAUUGCUGGGACACCAUUAUCAGCGGUGUGUGUUGCGUAUGGGCACAGCGAUCCUAGUCAGGUCGAGGAGGUGAUUCGUUAUCUCUUUGAAAAGGGCGUCGAUGUCAACGCAGCGGGAGGCUUGUUUCGGUAUCCAAUCCUAGCAGCGGCUUAUAAUGCACCUGUGAAUGUGGUGAACCAGUUUUUGCAGAAAGGGGCCAAAGUCAACACGAAAGAUGGGAUGGGUCGCUCACCGAUACACAUGGCAGCCUGUCGCGGCGGUACCGAGAACAUGGAAGCACUUUUGCAAGCUGGUGGAGACAUCAAGGCCACCGACGGGCAUCAACGAACAGCACUUCACUGGGCAGCAGCAGCUGGCCGUGCAUCGGUGGUCAAGAUGCUGCUUGCCCGCGACGAUACAAACGUGGAUGCUCCUGACGUUGACGGCUGGACCCCCCUCUGUUGGGCAGCACGUGGAGGGGAAUGUUGGCUUAGUGACAGUAAAGUAGGCGAAUCCUCCAAUCAGAGCGAUGUCAUUCGCAUGCUCCUACUGCACGGCGCGAACCGGUCAACCUUUGUUUCUAUAAGCAACAAGAAGUGGACACCCCUCAAAAUCGCCAGGUUCUGUCGAGUGGAUGAUGAUGAGGUCAUCCAGCUAUUGAGCAACGGCGUCGACGGGCCAUUAAAUCCAUCCCCACAGGGUGAAGAGUAUGACAGCCUGAAGGGGAACCAAAGGACCGGCUACUGCGACUUUUGUCAAUGGGUAAGUCAGAUUAAACCCAUCAUUUGCACAUUACAACCUGAGAAUGAUACGGAUAUUAACAUGAAUACCUACCCGAACACAGCGCCUCAUUGGGUUGGCAUACAGCUGCAAGACCUGUGA